UUGGAAUGUUACGCGUUUUUUUUCCGAUAGAAAUAAUACAUGUUAUACAUUAUGCUUUAUUAUACGCGUGUAGUGGUUUGGUAUGUAGUGUUUCUAUUAGAGCACUGAUAUUAAAUUAAUGUCAUAGAUAGUUGGAUGAGUACACAAAUAUAAAAAUACGUUUUUUUUCAUGGAUUGGAUAUUAAUAACUUGUAAAAAGCUAUCUUGUAUUGUUCUAUAACAGUCAAUACUCGCAGCAUUGAUUUGUGAUAACUCGGUUAAACAACAUAUCGAUAUAGGUUACUAUACCAAGGCGAAUUUGAAGCAUUUUUCGUUCCGGUGUGUGAGUUAGAAUAUCACGGAACUGUAUCUGGGUCAUACCUGUGACUGUACUAAUUGAUUCAUACUAGUCAUUUGGUUUUUCCAUAGCUCAGGACGUGAUUUACCUCUUUUUGGUUUAUCCAUAGCUCAGGACGUGACUUGUCUCCAUUAUCAGAUAAUAGAAAAACAAAUGGAGGCCGACACUGCAAACCAACAGGAAAUGGCGCUUACAAGCAAUAUACCUUCAGAGACAGGAAGAAAAAAUACUGUAAAAAGAAGUGUUAGCCGAAUGGCAGGCUUUUGGUUUUGGUCAAACUUUACCGCUUUCGUUUCGUUAACGAUUGGGUGCUUUGCUCCUGGAUGGUUAACUUAUGGAGAUAUUGACUACUCUCUUUGGUAUUUCACACACUGUGACACAACGCAUGAUGACAUCUACUACUCCUUUUCAUCUCCUAUUAAGUGUGAGACCAUGUCGUAUCGUCAGAUUCGUGGGUCUACGAGAGUACACAAAGUUCUUGAUAAAGCAGACUUUACACAAGCGGAAGCCCUAUAUUGCACCGGAAUGAUUUUGUCUUUUGCUACAUUGAUAAAAUUUUACCAACACAGACAGAAAGUUGCCAGGGGCAUAAGUGAUGAAUUUCGUUUAAGAAAAUGGGCUUUUCUUCUAAUUUUGUCAAGCCUCUCAGCUGUACUUGUUUUUCUUCCCGUCGGAAUGUUUAAUGGGGGGAAUGGAGGUACUCUGCCGUCUGUAACCCUGUUCAGUGGAAUAGUUCUUGCUGGAUUUGGUGGGGCAGUGAUGGUAUUGACUGCUACGUCAAUGCUUUUAUGUUGUCCAGCUCUUCCCUGCAGUGUCUAUAAGUGUGAUGAUACAAAUGAGCCUGUGUAAUAACAUGAACAAUAUAAACAACCUUCGUGUAGUGUAAGCAGCAAUCCCGCCGACUGUGUCUUUAACAGCAUGAGGUCUUCAUUCACAAACGUGAAAGAGCGGGGUCUGAAGCUUAUUUGACU